AUGGAGUUUAGUAUGUCCAUGAUGGAAGAGUUAAAUUGGUUCACUUGGGCAAUCACACUGUCAAUUGUUUUGUUAGUUUAUAUAUUAUUUUCGAUAACUUGUAAGAAAAACAAGAAAAAACUACCUCCAAGUCCCCCAUCUCUUCCCAUAAUUGGGCACCUUCAUAUGAUAAAACGACCCCUACACCAAACACUCCAUGAAAUAUCAACAACUUACGGAGAAAUCUUACUCCUCAAGCUUGGGGUGCGUAAAGUCCUCCUUAUCUCCUCCCCCUCAGCAGUGGAAGAAUGUCUGGUAAAAAACGACACUAUCUUUGCUGAUCGACCAGAUACCCUUGUUGGGAGGCUCCUGCAUUACAACAACACAUCAAUUGCCUUUUCACCCUACAAUGAUCAUUUCCGGACUCUCAAAAGGCUCAUGACCCAAGAAGUGUUUUCAUCUACAAAGAUCCCCCUUUUUUCUGGGAUUCGCCAAGAUGAAUGCAACUUCCUAAUUCGGAAUUUGUUCCAAGAAACUGCUUCUGAUGAGCCUGUAAAAGUCAAUUUAAAUCAAGGGUUUAAUCACUUGGCGCUCAAUAUUAUGACAAUGAUGACUGCUGGCAAGAGGUACUACGGAAAGGAUAUUGAGGAUGCAACUCAAGCAAAGCAGUUCAGCGAAUUACUAAGGGAGGGAUCAGUGUUGAGUGCAGCUGAUAAUCCAGGAGAUUUUCUACCUAUACUAAAGUUUCUGUUUCGAGGUUUGGAGAAACAAAUGGUGGCAUGGAUGGACAAAACGGACAGUUUCUACCAACAGCUCCUAGACGAACGAAAGAGCAAAGUCAAUACGGAUGGUACCAAGGCUAUUAUUGAUGUUCUUAUUUCAGCACAAAAACAGGAUCCAGUCUUCUUUACCAACGAAGUCAUCAAGGGUAUGAUUAUGGUACUAGUACUUGCUGGAGCAGACACCACAGCAGCUACUAUAGAAUGGGCAAUGUCACUUCUCCUAAACCACCCAGAGGCUAUGAAGAAAGCACAAGAAGAAAUAGAUGAUGUAAUAGGACAUGAUCGCCUAUUGAACGAAGAGGAUAUAUCAAAACUACCAUACCUCCAAAAUGUCAUAAACGAGACCCUCCGCUUGUACCCACCAACUCCGCUUCUUCUCCCACAUGAGUCAUCAGAGGACUCUACUAUUUGUGGUUACGAUGUCCCCCGAGGAACCAUGUUAAUGGUUAGUCUAUGGACUAUACAUAGAGACCCAAAGAUAUGGAUGGAGCCUGAAAAUUUUAAUCCAGAGAGAUUCGAGGGGAAGGAAGGGGAAUCUCUAUACAAGCUUUUGCCAUUUGGGCUUGGAAGGAGAGCUUGUCCUGGCUAUGCUAUGGGUAAAAGAUCAGUAUGUUUAGUGUUAGGGACAGUGAUUCAGUGCUUCAACAUGGAGCGAGCUAGUAAAGAAAUGGUCGAUAUGUCACAAUCCACUGGACUUACUAUGCCUAAAGCUAAGCCAUUGGAAGCCAUGUGCAAAGUUCGUCCUUGCAUGGCAACCUUACUUGCUACAGAAUUCAAUGUAUAGGCAUAAUGGAUGUUGUACUAUCUAAACAAUGAAUUAGUCGUCCCGCCCCCUGUUUCUGAAUAAUUUUUUGAGUUUCAUAUUGAGCUUCUUCCAGUUUUCAA